AUCUCUAUCAUCAUAGAACUCAUAGUGAAAGAUUAUUUACAGAGGUAACACUAUUAGGGUUUUAGCAAAGGCAGAUCAGUACUAAAAUGUUCUUAUUUUAUUCUAGUGGGGAAAAUAAAUUAAACAUUAAUCAAAUAAUACCCAAGGAAGCACAGAGAGAAGAAAUUAAUCUUAUCCUAGGCGUCCCUAAGCCAACAUUAAAAAAGGAUUUAUCAGUGCAGCAAAUCAGGCCAGCUAAAGAACGUAGAGAGUACGAGUUCAUUUCACAUCAUCACUUGUCAUUUGUUUACAGCCAUUUCUUUGGUAAAGGAUCAAGAAUUUCUUCAAGCGAAGAAAGCAUAUGGCUUGGUAAAGUGGAGCCAUUGGAUAUAAUGUUCACAGAAUGCCCACCUGGGAUGAAAUCAUUGAUUGAACCUCUUUCGAAAACGUUUCCUAUUAAUAUUGCAACGAUGUACUCGAGUGAACGAAUGGCUCGCUUACUAUAG